UCCCUAUUUUCUGGUGAUGUCAGCUAGUACCGCCACAAAUGACCAGUCCAGGAGGUCGGAGAUGGAUGGCCGGGGGGAGGGGAUGGGAACGCCCCUGUCGACGUCGACGGGGGCCCUCGACGGUCAGUCGGACAGGACGGGAUCAAUGCACGCUGCUGCUGCUCCGCCGAGCGAGGAUCUAGGCCCUUGCUGCGGCUGGCCCGCCCGGCUCUGCUCCCCCCUAGCAGUGCCCGUCUGGUGUUCGAACAAAUGCCUCGGCGGCCUGCGGGGCGCCGGCAGAGGAGCCGACCCUACUAGUGAGUGCACCAGUGUCCAGUGCUGCUUACCUAACUACGGCACGGCAGUUAAUCGCCGGCCGGAGAAGAGCCAAGGCACGAGCGACGCUGGCCGCUCCACGGAACGGCGGUUGCACGCGGAGCGAAAACGUCAAAAGACGGCGGCGCUCGAGGCGCCAGGGAGGUCGGAGGUGGCCUUGGUGGAGUCACGGUGGCUUCCGAUCGCCGGCGUGAGGUGUGAACCCACGGUGUGCGGUGGUGGUCGUGUACCAGUCAACGGAUUCCAUUUCACGGCCUCCUAGUACGGUACCAGGUAUUCUACUGGCCAAGUGGCUAGCUCUUGCUUAUCUAUGUGGUGCUCCAAACCAAAUCACUCGGCAGCAUGCCGGAUUAUUUAACGGUUGAGGUGCGUGCUGCCUUGUUCGCUGUUUCUGGUGUACUAGGUUGUUUUCUAACUCCAAAGUUGGUCCAAUGUGGUCCUUCCCCUGAGCCUGAGGAGAUCAUAUAUGAAUACAUUCCCUUAAUCUGGAUGCCGACCGUUUCAUCAUAUGAUAGCAUGAUAGUACAUUGCUGUGGGGUCUUACCUUGGUUUUUUUCCCCCUUUGUUUAACUGACUUCACCGGUCUCCCCCCAUCCUUUUGUUCACUGUCCACACCACGCUUCACACCAUUAUUGACGCUGGAAGAACUCAGGAGCACACAAGGUGUCCCUCACUAGUCUGAGCAGCAGCCGUCGCUCUGGAUACAAGCUCAAAGCCGCAACCUCAGCUGGGCUAACGGGGCAGCCAUUCCGUGUGAGCAACUGACCAUUGCGAAGCUUCCCCAUUUCAGGUAUGGUUCACAUGGAUACAAGCUCAAACCUGCAACCACGGCUAGGAGCUGAUGUAUGAUAGCUGAUGAGGACAGCCGUUCUGUGUCACUAUGUCUAUGUAACGAGCAUUGCCUUGCUUUCCCGUUCCAGCAAUCAGAUCUAGGUAUUGAAAGAAAACAAAGGGAAAUAUCUGGACCGCUAUUUUGGUUAUCGCUCUGGAUACAAGCUCACUUGCAGCCAUUUAUGUGUAAUGAGGGCAGCCUUCCCGUGUGACUUAGCAUCUCAAUGAUUUCCAUGCCAGAUAUCUUCUCCAUCCAAGAAACUCUUACCCGAUGCUCCAGAUGGAGAAAUAGGGAGCAACUGAAAACCUGAGACUUGCGAUUUCAGUCAGAGAGCAACCACAUGGCAGACAGCGGGCAGUUCGUGGUCCCCAUCGGUCCGACCAACAUCAACACCACGGCUAACCAGGGACAAGGGAAUGAUUUAAGGGAAGACAACACGAUGCAAUGUCCCAGCAAUGUUGUGUCCAGCGGAAAUUCCCCUGGCCAUGAAUCCAGCCCCAGGAUCAAUGAUGAUUUUGAGUUCUUGUGGGGACAUCGUAAGUAUUUGGUACUUCUUGGAGUCCUAGCAGUUGGUGUGACAUACAAUGCUGGAUUAACACCACCAGGGGGAUCGUGGACACUAAACAAGGAUGGUCAUGAUGCUGGUGACCCUGUCAUGCAUGAUGGCUUUUCUGAACGAUAUGAGGUGUUCUUUUACUGCAAUGCAGCAGCCUUCGCUGCAUCUCUUGUCUUAAUCAUCUUGCUUCUCAGUAAGACUGUGACAAAUCAAAGGAUGUGGCUCCAUUCAAUGCAAUUAACCAUGACACUAGACCUAUUCAGCCUGCUGGGGGCUUAUGCUGCCGGAAGUUGCAGGGCAGUCAAGUCAUCCAUUUACAUCUGGGUUCUAGUCUUUGCAGUUGUGAUAUAUGUUGGAAUCCAUACCCUAGUAUCCACAAGGUUUGUUCCAAUAGAAUGGAAACAGGAACUGCAGAGAAUGAUAAAUAGAGUUCUAAACCAACGGGGUUCCCUUGGCACGCAAGAGAGCACCCCUUUAGGGAAAGGCGUUGAAGAGGCUCGCAAGUUCAUUUUGACACUUGUAACUUUUGCUGCUACUGUCACAUACCAAGCAGGAUUGAAUCCACCGGGCGGCUUUUGGGCUGAAAAUGACCAUGGUUCUAAUAAGGUGCAUUUGGCCUUUCCUCCUUACAAGCAUCAUCCGGCUACUUCUGUUCUCCGGAGUAACUACCUUCUUCGUUAUAAAAUAUUCAUCACUUCCAAUUCAACUUCCUUCGUGGCAUCUUUGGUCAUAAUCAUACUGCUUCUUAGCCCAAAACUGGGUGGACAUGGAAUGAGGACCAAAGCAGUGAUUGUAUGUGUGGUAGUGGACCUAUUGUGCCUAAUUAUUGCGUAUGCUGCAGGAUGUUGUAGAGAGGUAGCAACAUCAUUCUACGUGGUGGUUAUUUUCGUCGUAAUUUGGAUCUCCUUUGCAGUUUUAGCUGGAGUCUUUGUUCAAGAACCUGUAGCAAAUUGGCUAGAAGAGGUCACAUCAAGCAGCUUGUGUUGCGUGAAUUUUGUUGGCCGUGCACUUUCAUUGAACUUUCCUGGCCACAGAUCGAUCAAUGCAGAGCAGAGGAAUUCUGUGGCAAUGACUGAUCAAUCUCCUGCCCGUUCAACUGAUGCACCUGCAGAAGAUAAUACUCCUGAGCAACAAGACCAGCCCGCAGACAAUCAGCAACAUUCAAAUAUCAGAGAGGGUGAAUUCCAUGAGGAGCAUGCACCUGCAGAAAAAAGUCAAAUUCCAGAUGUUCAAGAGGCUGUGUCUAACUCACAGCAUCCGUCAAGGAACAGCCAGCAAUCAGCAAAUAUCCAGGAUGUUGUGUCCAACCCGGAGUACCAGUCUCCAGAUGUCCAGUGUGUUGCAGAACUGGAGGAUGUGUCCUGCUCACAGCAUCCUGCAGGGAACUGUCAACGACCAGAACAUGCCAAGGAUGUUGUGUCUAACAUGGAGUGCCCAUUACUAAGCCACCAGCAAACUGAAAAUAGCAUGUGCGGUAUGUCAGCUAACCAGAAAGUUGCAAGUAUGAGGGAGCAAUCUUCACCUGAUGAUCCCGACAUGACUGCUCUUCCAGUUGAGCAAAAUAUGUCAGGUGGGCAGAGUAACGGAGACACUAGUCAUGACAUAGUGGAUGAAGUGCUUUCUGCACCUGUGGAAGCCACUGGCAAUGUGGACCGUGCUGAACAAAACAAUCUGAUUGAAGAUAAUAACCCUAGUGCUGAGAUUCUUGGCAGUGAUGACCAUCCUACACAUUCUGAGAAUGGCCAUACUGACAGCAAUCAUGGAUUGCCCAUUCAAAAUGCUGACAACAUCCAAACUGAGAAGCAUCUGAAUAAGACACGAACAUGUAUGUUGCUUCUUGCCAUUCUUGCAGCAUCUCUGGCAUACCAAUCAGGCCUGAAUCCACCAGGCGGCUUUUGGUCAAGAAGUAAAGACCAUCAUUCAGCUGCUGAUCGCAUCCUUGAGGACACCCACCAUCGCCGGUUCAUUGCAUUCUUCUAUCUCAAUGCAAUCGCCUUUGUGGCAUCCAUUGUCAUGGUCACUUUGCUCUUGAACAAGAUGGUGAGCGACAAGUUUACCAAACGGCGUGCAUUGCCAAUAACGAUGAUAGUGGUUCUACUUUCCCUAACCGGAGCUUUUGCUCUGGGGAACUGCAGGGAGGCAAAGAAGACUAUUUUCAUAUCAGUGCUCGUAUGCAGUGUACUUACUUACGUUCUCAUUCAUGUCUUGAUAGCAGUACAUAUGAUUCCUCCAGGAUGGAGAAGGCAGGUGGCAGAUAUGCUAGAGCACUCAGUUAGUCCUUUUUGCUCAGUGCCGCGUCAAUCAGGCCACAGCCAGACUGGGGCUGAUACUAGUGGGAAGGAAUUGGAAAGGCGGCGUAAUCUGCUAUUGACCAUUGCUAUUGUGGCUGUGACUGUCACAUACCAAGCUGGCAUGAACCCUCCAGGAGGUGUCUGGUCUGAUGACAAGUAUGCGACGGGAACUCCGGGCAACCCAAUCCUUCAGGAUACUCAUCCGAAACGCUAUGAUGUGUUCUACUACUCAAAUUCAGUUUCAUUUGUGUCAUCUGUGGUCGUCACAAUAUUACUUGUGAAUAAGGAAUCCUGUGAGUAUGGAAUCAAGUCCUAUGCACUGCGAGUGUUAUUGGUGGCGGGCUUGCUUGGCCUCCUCAUUGCCUAUGUUGCAGGAAGUUGCAGAAAUAUUAAACAGUCCAUCUAUCUGAGCAUCAUUGCUAUGGGAGUUCUAGUCUCCCUUCUGAUUCAAGUUCUGCUCUCUUCGAUGCAUGAUACACUAGGAAAACCAUUGGCUAAGUGUCUAGGAUUUCUACACGAUCUUCUCUUCCAUGCAGAAAGUGGACAAGUAAACACUCCCGUGAGUCCAGAAGCUUCAGUUGACUCGAGUCAUGAAGCUUCAGUUGACGUGAGGUCAGAAGCUUCAGUUGACGCGAGGCCAGAAGCUUCAGUUGCCGAAGAAAAAAAAGUGAGAAAGAGACACAAGUAUCUGAUGCUUCUUGCAAUUUUAGCAGCAUCAAUCGCAUACCAAGCUGGUCUGAACCCACCUGGUGGAUUCUGGUUUGAUGAUGAGGGCCAUGUACCAGGUAAUCCAGUCCUUCAUGAUAUUAAUCACCGACGGUACAAGAUAUUCUUCUGCUUCAAUUCUUUCGCAUUCAUGGCAUCCAUUGUCGUGAUCAUGCUUCCGCUGAGUAAAUCUAUCAGGAACAAGGCUGUGCUACUUGGGGUAUUGCACUUGAUCAUGAUACUGGAUAUGUUGGCUCUCAUGACAGCUUUUGCUGCGGGAAGCAGCCGCAAAUUGAGGACUUCAGUGUACGUCUAUGCACUAGUUGGCGGUGUUGUAGUAAUCCUGCUGCUCCUAAUUAUCGUGUCAAGUGCAAUUACAAAAUAUCGGAAAGCAAGAGAGGGAAGUGGGAUUACCCCCCCGAGACGUUCUGAACCCGUUUCAGGAGCAAACACACCGACACGAUCUGAAGUUUGAUGCUUCCUUUUUACAAGAACCCUAUUCGUCUAGGAAUCUAUAUUUCUGUAUUAUCUGCAAACAAUUUGUAUGCCUCCUAUCAGCAUUUUUCUUCUUGUUCAGAUUUGACUUGAACACUGGUAGGAAAUUAUUUUUGUGUGCCUACUGUAUGUUCUUGGAAAUUAUUUUAGCAUGCUUGAAAUUUGAACUCGAGCCUUCGUCAUGUAACGGUGUCCUCGAUCAAGACUCCAUCGUGUAGGAAUUAUAUGAUGGCUAAUAUUUGUUGUGUUGUUUUUUGAUCUAA